UAAGGUUGUGCUUAAUUUCUUAUAAAGUCCUAUGUACUUUGAGACUAUUAUUGUUGCUGGUUUUCUAUUUCAUUUUUGUGCCUUUAGGUCUGGCCUGCCUUGGUUUUCCUUCUCCUGCCAAUGGAGGAGCUUUAAUGACCUGUGCCAUUGUGUUAUGGGUCCUUCUGGGAACCCCUACCAGAUAUGUGUCUGCUGUAAUGUAUAAGACAUUUAGAGGUGUUAAGUGGAAGACAAAUGCCUUGCUGACAGCACUAUUAUGUCCGGGAAUUGUCUUUGCUGAUCUCUUUAUUAUGAUGAAAAUUCUCUGGAUGGAAGGGUCAUCAGCUGCCAUCUCCUCUGCUACUCUGCUAGAUAUCCUUACAAUUUGGUUUGGAAUUUCAUUUUUUGGUGCAUAUUUUGGAAAUAAAGAAAAGAUUAGUUGUCCAGUUCACACAAACCGGAUCCCCUGUCAGAUUCCUCCAUAGAACUUCUUUACAAAACCACUUCUUGGCAUCAUAAUUGGUGGCAUUUUACCCUUCGGCUGUAUUUUUAUUCAACUCUUUUUCAUUCUGAACAGUAUUUGUGCAAUUUGAGUUCCCGG